GUUUCCGGUCAGUGGGAGCUUGCUUUUGGGAGACUGAAGCUAAUACAGGUACCACGAUAGUUCAGAAGCCCCAGUCAGAAGUGAGGCCAUGAGCACAGAACCAGCUUGUUCCAUGAUGAGCCAAGGAACUACCAAGACGUACAAACUUCCCAUCGAACACCUGGAUUAUAACUUUGUGGAAAAAUGCACUGAUGUGAAGUAUCUGGAAAAAAUUCUCAUUGUGCUAAGAUCAGGUGAAGAGGGAUAUUAUCCUGAUCUUAUAUCAUUUUGUGAGAAGAAGAUUGAGAAGUUGAAUCCUAAAAGUCGUGUCCUUCGAACAAACAACCCACCAGCAACUGCUGCAAGCUUCACCAAAGAAGAAUGGCAAGAAAUCACCAGUGACCUGAAGAGUUGGACAGAUGAAAUGAAGCAAAAGGAAAAUGAAGUAAAAUAUAGUAAAACGCAAGUUGAAUGUUUUAAUUCGGAAAAACAAGCACCUGUUCGUGGUGUUAAUGCCUCAGUUCUUUCCCAGCAGAGUGGCUUUGGUGAUCAAAAAUCAACAAAAAAGAAAAGAGUUGUCCCCCGAGAUUACAGAGAAUGGGAUAAAUUUGAUGUAGAGAAAGAGUGUUUCAAAAUUGAUGAAGGGAAGCAAAAAAGCAGUUCCAAAACAAUUGUCAAUGAUGGCCCUUCUGGAAUAGGGAAGCAAAUUGACACCAAAGGAAUGACCGAACAAGAAAAGAUGAUUUUAUCUGACCGAGAAAGGGAGAAGGGAAAUGAAGCUUUCCGAGCUGGUGACCACAAGGAGGCUUUGCUUUACUACACCAGAAGUAUAUCAGUUCAAGCAAACGUAGCUGCUUUUAAUAACCGUGCUCAAGCAGAAAUUAAGCUUCAGAACUGGCAGAAUGCCCUUAAUGAUGUUGAAAAAGUGUUGGAGUUAGACCACGGCAACUUGAAAGCACAUCUACGUCGUGCCAUUGUUCAUAAACAUUUGGAUAAUUAUCAAGGAGCAAAAGAUGAUUUAAAGGCGGUGUUGCAAGCCGAACCGGACAAUGCUAUAGCAAAGAAUUUGCUUGAGCAAGUUGAACAAAAGCUGAAAGCUUCUCAGACUCUCGAGAAAACACCACAGAAAAAGGGAAAAAAGAUGCAAAUCAAAGAAGUAGAGGGUUCUGAUGAUGAGAAGGAAAGAGAAUUCAUGAGUAAGAAUAAAGAAUCUAGUAAGCCGGUGUGUGGAAGGACAUUGAAAGCAAAGACUGUAAUGGGAAAUACACAGAAAAAGUGUUCUCACAAAGGAGAAAGUCAGACUAAUGAAAAAAACUGGACUAAAGGGAAGGACACUGGCAGUGCUACAACAUGGAACAACACUAAAAAAACUAAAGCUAACUCAACAGCAGUGAACAAAACUGAGCCAAGUAAAUUUGGGCAUGAAACUAAGGAUGAAAAUGUCAAGAAUGUUACAAAUCCUGAGGCAAGAAAAAGUCACGAUCCUCUGAGAAUUGAUUCGAGACAGAUGUUUCCACCUGGGUCAAGUUCAGAGAUAGAGAAAGCAAAGAAUAACACAUGGGCCUUGCCCCCUGCUGUGGCAAAGCUUAAGAGUGGAGGAAAUGAGCUGUUUAAAAAUGGACAGUUUGGAGAUGCAGUGAUCAAGUACACAAAAGCCAUUGCAGAGCUAUUUGAAUCCGGGGUAGAAAGUCCACAAGAACUGAGCAUCUUACAUUCAAAUAGAGCAGCAUGCUAUCUGAAGGACGGAAAUUGCACUGAGUGUAUCAAGGAUUGUACCAGAGCUUUAGAACUACAGCCAUUUUCGGUGAAACCUCUGUUGAGACGGGCUAUGGCUUACGAAUCCCUAGAACGUUAUCGGCAGGCUUAUGUGGAUUAUAAAACUGUUCUUCAGGUGGAUAGCCGGAUCCAGCUUGCAAUUGACAGUGUCAACAGGAUAACUAAGACACUAAUAGAAGAAGAUGGUGUGAAAUGGAGAGAAAAAGUGUCAGCAAUCCCAGUAGUCCCUGUAUCUGCACAGCAACAUAGGUGGGACAAAGAUUCUAUUUCCUGUGCUGCUGAAAGUAAAACCCAGAUGACUAAUGAAAACCAACACACCUCUCCAAACAAGGGCAAAAAUGUAGAAGAACAUUUUAUUUCCUUGAAGCAGGAAGGUAAUUGUUUUGUGAAGAAGACCCAGUACAAAGAAGCCAUUGCAAAGUAUAGUGAAUGCCUAAAACUGAAAAAUGAUGAUAGCACCAUUUACACAAACCGAGCACUGUGUUAUCUGAAACUGAAUCACUAUAAGGAGGCUGAAGAGGACUGUAACACAGCUCUGCAGUUGGAGCCCGCUAAUAUAAAAGCAUUUUACCGAAGAGCCUUGGCUUACAAAGGGUUAAAAUGCUACACAUCCAGUAUCGAAGAUCUCAGUAAAGUACUGAAGUUUGAUGUAAAUGUUGCUGAAGCUCAAAAAGAAUUGCUAGAGGUAACAGAACUUUUGAAAAAGGAGGGAGAAGGAGAACCUCUUUACAAAAUCCGCAACCAAGAGAAAACUAGAAAAAACAUUGAAAUACAGGAGAUUGCUGAUAGUGAUGAAGAGGAGGAGAAAAUAACCAAAAAAAACAGUGAACAAGAAAUUCUAAGCAACCCUGAAACUGGACAAAUGGAUUCUGUAAUAGCUGAGGAUGCAUCAACUCAACAUGGAACCUUUGAAAAUUCUCAACCACUGUCAGAAAAAGGAGCUAAUUUGAAGCCAAAAAAUGCAUAUGAAUUUGGCCAAACCUUAAAUCUGUUGCAGGCCAAGAACAAUCUUGCUGCCUGUGCAGAGCUACUAAAAAAUGUGGAACCACAGGACCUACCAUCCAUGAUGAGCAACAAACUAGAGGGUGAUGUAUUCACCAUGAUCAUUCAGACUUUGAAAGGACACCUUUUAGAAAAGAAGCCCAGCCUUGUGUAUGAGCACCUUGUUCAUCUGUGCAAAACAGAAAGGUUUAAGAUGGUGUCAGUGCUUGUAGGUAAAGAAAGAGAACAAGUGCAACAACUCUUCAGCUGUCUGUUACAAAUGAAAAGUGAUGACUUCACUUCUGAAGAUGUACAGAAUCUAGCAAGAAACUAUGAUAUACAAUGUUAGUUACUUAGCAAAAAUCACAAAGUUAAUAUAUUUUCGUGCAACUUGGGAGUUUAAGUACUAUAAAAAUGACUUAUGCUACACAUCUGAUUUCUACUUUCAUUUUCCUUGAAAUGAACAAAUACUGACCUAGAAGUGAUGUUGCUAGUCUUUUACUCCUUAUCCUUCACUUAACUGUUUAGAAGUACAUGGCCUAAAGGUCCAUGCAUGUAAAACUGUUAAAUAAUGAUCUCUCUUUAUUUGUUAACCUAUGCUAGUUUACUCAAAACGAACAUCGAGUAAUUUUCAUUGUCGUGGACUUCAUUUCCCGAGUAUAAAUGAGCAAGACCUGGUAAUUCUUCAUUCAAAAGAAAAAUACUGCAGCUACUAGGAAUCUGAAAGAACCUCAAGAAAUGCUGAGAAUAGUCUGGUAGCAUUUAUGACAAAAAUCAGGAGUUAAUCACCCAGAGAUACCGAAGUGUAGAGCUGGAGGAACACAGCAGGCAAGGCAGCAUUAGAGGAUCAGGAAAGCUGAUGUUUUGAGUUAGGACCCUUCAUCAGAAAAUUUUUGUUAUCCCAGACUCCAGCAUCUGCAAUUCUUGCUAUCUCAGUUAAUAACCCACUAGUAAUCCACUACAAAGAUAGUCAUUGCUGAAGUAUACACUGAAUGCCGAGUCUGUGCGAAUGUCCUGUCACAGCUGACUGUCUAGAAACAUGAAAUUUUUGCUGGUCAGUUACCUGACAUCUGGAACCCUCCAAAAAUUCCCCAACCCCGAGUUAAAGUCAGCGACUUUGGAUAGUUCUGACUUACUCACUUCACAGGUUAGCCAGGAAGAGAGAAAGGUAUUAAAACCUCCACUAAUUCCUGGCUGACUCUGCCAUUGAUAAUAGCCACUGACCCCCCCUCAUCCCAGACAACCCACAAAUUCCUGUGCAAACUUGAUUCUCCACCUCUAUCCUGGUGACCUACACUAAAUCCAGACUUGCCUACCUGCCACUGUAUCCCUUCACUUACCUUACAAAUUUAUCUUCUCAGUAGCUCUCAAAGUAACUAUGGGAGCUUUUAUCCACAGAAUAUGGCAGCUGAUGCUGUGGUUUCAUCACUGAUCCAUUCCACUGCUGCUUGAUUAGAUUGCCACACUUUUCUGUGUAGCUUCAGCUGGGAAGGUUCUUGCCCCAUGGUUUCGGCCAGAAUACUACUAUCAAGUUAAGUAGGCAACAUCUUGUCUGAUUUGUCAGAAAUGGGGAUUCCAACCCAGAUUGGAAGAUUUGGGCCAAUGUUGCAGUGAAAGGUCAUCAAUGUGAAAUGUUAACUUCUUCUCUUUCCACAAUUGGCCAGAUUUUGAUUAUUUCCAGCAUUUUCAGGUAUUUCUAUGAACUCUUCAAAUUGAGUUAAUCACCCAGAGUUCAACAUGUUUUGUGUGUUCCUAUUGGUAGCACAAAUUCAAUAACCAUUUAUUUUUUGCUGUUCUGUUCUACCUCUAGAAAUAUCACCUAGUCAUUUAAUUAUAGAUUUUUACAAAGCUCUAAAUAUAGAAUAGGCUGUACUUGUAGCUUUUUUAAACUCCAGAAGUGGUUAUACUCUGACUAAUAUUAAUCUGGAACGGAGUAGCUUUUGUUUACGGAUUGCCUGGCCCGGAAUGUUACCUUAUCCCUGUGAAUGAACAGGAAUUAUGCUCAGCAAGGAUAAACAUUUUAAAAAAACUUGAACUUUGGAUGUCAAAUAUAUUUCUUUAGAAUGCAGUAAAUUUGUGCAGAUGAUUUUACUGCUGUAAUAUUUAAAAUAUUGUGGUGUUUAAUAACUUUAUGCACUGUAAUGCAUUCUCGCAGUUAAGGUCAGGGAAAUGCAAAAGUUACAUCAGCCUGUUGUAUUUAUGCACUGAA